AAUGUUACAUUUAUAUGUAUUUAUGUAUAAAAUGGUAUUCAUAAUUUGGGAUUUUGUAAAAAAAGGUCUAAAGUUAAUUUGGUUAAAAAAAAUUUUCUGUAACAAAAGUUAAUUGGAUUUAUAAUUUUCUUUUUUGAAUGGGUUGUAUCAGUGAAAUUAUCUUUUUAAGUUAAAUGCCCAAAACCCAAUUAAUAAUAUUUAUUUUGCUGAUAACAAAGUGAGAUUAAAUAGGAUAACAUCAGGGGAGAAGCCAGACCUGUUUUCUCCUGGGUGCAUACAAUUAAUAUAAGUUAAAAUAAUUUAUAAUAUAGUGGGGCAUCGAACUCUGGAUCAUUGAAAAAUGUGGGUGCACCUUAACCAAAUAAGCUAUUUCAACCAUUACGUACAAUGUAAAAACAUAUUAAAUAAAGAUAAUAGGGAGUGCACGUGCACUCAGACUCUUCCACCUAGCUUCGCCCCUGGAUAACAUAUAAUAUAUAAGGAAGCCCAAAAAAUAAAAAAAUGAAAGGUCCAAACAACCUAUAUAAGUAGAUUUAUCAAGAAUGUUUCCCUUUUAAUAGAAUAGAUAUUUAUUGUUGCAACCUUGUACGUUGUCUCUUUCGUAUUAGUUAAUGUACGCAUAGCCUCCCUAAUAUCACUUAUAUAACACACCUCUUGGGUCUUGAAUGGAAUCCAUGUAUAUAAAAUAAGACAAGAGAUCAACUAUAUAUUACUCUAUCUACUAUAUCAACGUGCAUGGCGUUAAAUGCAGAUAACCCACGGAUUUCAUGGUUUGAGAAGGUUUAUUAUAUAUAUCUAUAGAUUAACCAAUAAAAAAUAUAUUAGAAAAGCUUAUUAAAUACAGAAGAUAAAAAUAUAAUAAAAAAUUAACAAAAAAAGUGAAGUUCAAUAUACCGGAUCUGUUUUUGCAUGUUCACCCUUCAAUAUACCGGAUUACAAUUCGUUUUCUGCAUGUUAAAAGCAAAACUAUGCUUUUAACCCCUCUCAAACCCCGAGUGGGUACUUCAACGUCGGUAGACUUCAUUAUGUUCUUUCGAACAACACGGUUUUAGGAUUUAAAGUGAAGCUUCUCUACAGUUUUUUUUCUCUCUCUGUUACUACAUUUAUUUUUUGUUAUGUUUUAAUUAUCUUCGUAUACCGCUUAACUGUCAAGUGUACCUCCGUUUGUAAUCAUCUAAGCUCUUAUAUAAGUAUUUGGUGUUAUAAAAAAAAAAUAAUAAAGCAAAAGUAUGCAUGGUUUCGGAACCUUUUUAAUACAAUCAUUCAAGUUGUCAUUCUCACUCCAUAAUUUACUCCAAAAGAUUAUAAAAAAAAAAAAUCAUUCAAGUUGUCUUUUUUUUUUCAUUCAAGUUGUCUUGUAUAUUAAUUAAGGAACUUUAUUGUUGCAUCCUUGUACGUUUUCUCUUUCGUUUUAGUUAAUAUAACGCAUAUGGUCUCUGAAGAUGUCUGGAAUCCAUGGAUGAUGGAUACAUAAUAUCGUGAAAAAAACAAGAGAUAAACUACAUAUUAAUCUAUGUACUAUUAUCUAUAUCAACGUGCUUGGCGUUAGAAGCAGAUAAGCCAAGUUGUUUUUCUUAAACCAAUUUAUAUUAUUAAAUGCAAUUGUCACUUAUAAAUUUACAAUAUGCAUAACUUUGAAAUAUGAGAGACAAAACAGACAUUAAAACACUGAAGAUACAUAUAAGAAGCAGAAAAGGAAAAUGGCAAAGGAGGAGGAGGAGCCGCUCAGCCCGAUGGCACGUAUUUUUCAAUCAUCCGGAGCAGACUACUGCACCGUGAUCAUUGUUGGGUUCAAAACUAAGAUUAAUCCUGAUGUAAUUCUUGACGAUUUAAAGCAAAACGUUUCCAAACAUCCUCGUAUCUCCAGCAAACUGGCUGAGGAUGGUGCAAGAUGGAUCAAAACCCAAGUCAAUGUAAAAGAUCAUGUAUUCGUACCAGACAUAGACCCUGAUGAAAUUGGUGACCAAGGAGACAAAUUCGUAGAGGACUACAUUUCACGACUUACAAUGCUUCCUCUUGAUAGAUCAAGACCCUUGUGGGAUAUCCACAUCCUCAACGUCAAAACAUCUGAUGCAGAAGCAAUCGGUGUCAUAAGAUCUCACCAUUCGUUGGGAGAUGGAAUGUCACGUAUGUCUCUCAUCUUGGCGUGUACUCAUAAAUCAUCAGACCCUGAAGCGCUUCCUACUAUUCCUAUCCUUAAACGACGUGAAAACGUGUCACACGGCCUUAGAAACACAGGCUGGUUCUUAAGCUCGAUGUUUGCCAUUUAUGCCACAGUGAGAUUGAUUUGGAAUACCAUUGUAGAUCUUCUGUUACUCUUGGCUACGGUGUUGUUUCUGAAGGAUACAGAGACGUCUCUAAAAGGUGGUGCAGAAGCCGAGAGCAAUGCGAAGAGAUUUUCUCAUCGAAUUGUUUCUUUAAAUGACGUAAGACUUAUAAAAGACAUCAUGGACAUGACUAUCAACGAUGUUUUACUUGGAGUUACACAAGCUGCUCUCUCGCGCUAUCUAAACGGAGCACAUGACAAGACGAAUGAGAAUGGUGGAACAUCAAGACCGCUUCUAAAUAAUAUUCCAUGUAAUAUACGAGUUCGUGCAGGAGUUUUGGUAAACCUAAGGUCGGAAAUUGGAGUCCAGCCAUUGGCAGAUAUGAUGGCAAAAGAUUCGAAAUGCAGAUGGGGAAACCUUAUCAACAUAGUUGUUUUACCACUGUCGAUUGGUCCAGAAACCGAUCCAUUGGUCUAUCUAUCGAAAGCUAAAUCCACGAUGGAUCAAAAGAAGAACUCUCUUCAUGCUCCUAUACUUUAUUUGAUUAUGAGCUUCAUUGUUAGUGUGUUUGGUGCAAAGAUAGGAGCAGCAUUGUUCAAUCGAUUAUUAUUAAGCACAACGGCAUUCAUUUCAAACGUCAAUGGCCCAACCGAAGAAAUCAGUUUCCAUGGCCAUCCAAUCGCUUAUAUCGCUCCUAGCGUCUAUGGACACGCACAAUCACUGCUGAUCCAUUUCCAAAGUUACGCGGACAAAAUGGUAAUCUCGAUAGCGGUUGACCCUACAAUCAUACCAGAUUCGCACAAGCUAUGUGAUGCAAUGGAGGAGUCUUUGAAAUCUAUGAAAAUUGCUCUUUUAGGAAAAGGGCUACUGAUUAACGAAGAAGUAUCCGUACGGGUGAAUAAUAUGUGUAAGUAAGUAGUCUUUGUUUUGUGGAAAAAGAUGAUGUUCUUAAAAAGCCUUCAAUGUCAAUUCUUCGAAGUUAUUUUCAAAUCUUAUUUCAUAUUGGAUGAGAUGAGAGUAUAUUUUCUAAACAGAGUAUUAGUUAUGAACUUACGUAUCAUAUAGUAAAUCGAUAUCCACUCCCAACUAAACUAAAAUAAUUUAAUUCAUACUUUGACCAUAGUGGAUAAUCUGCUUAUAUAAACUUGAUAUCUUACUGUUAGAUGCUCUAUCAUAGUAACUUAGUACAUAUUGAGAGUAACAAUGUAAAAGAGUGUGCUGACUCAUUCCUACGCUCAUGAAGACGAAAAGCAUAAUAUUGCCUCAUACUAAUUGUCUGUUUCUUCAGCUUCUUAGUAGCUUCCGUUACUCCUUUCUGAAUACCAAGCUUAAAUUCAUCUUUUCCAUAUGUAAAUAAUAGAGGAUACUGUAGUGCUAGAUAUGAGGGAUGUAUCUCAUUAAUCCUUAUUAAUUUUCCAGAAUGUUUUUGAAGUACUAUAUCUCUUUUAUCUAUAUCAAGAUUAAAAUCUCCAGGAAUCAAAGCUGCAACCUCUGAUGAUGUUGAUGUGUUGUAUGUUCUGCCAUCCUUUAGACGAUCACUAAUGAUCCUCAUAUGAAAAGCUUCUUGAGGAUUAGUACUAAAUCGUUCUCCUGCUGAUCUGAAGUUCUUAACAUAUGGAUUCACUUCAUCUAAGACUUUCAUCAAAACUUCAAUAAUUUAUUUCUUCAAGUUGUCCUUUUGCUUGCCUUUAAAACUCCUUUUACCUUGGCUGCAGUUCAAACGAUAAUUAUUAGAUUAAAAUUCCUGUGAUACCAUAUCGAUCAUGACAUGGAAGAAGUUAUAGAAGUUCAAUACAAAGAGAAAUAUGUUUUAAAGGAGAAAUUAAUUUUGAUAUUUAUAGAUUCGAAACCGAAUCUGAUCCGAACCAAAGUAUUUCGGAUACUCAAAUAUAUCCAAAAAAGGUUUAUAUACUUAUACAUAUUAAUUAUUUUUAGAUUUAAUGUAUAUAAAAACAUACAUAAUGCAUAUGAUACUUUUAAGUUGGUUUAAACACUUGAAAAUAUCUACAAAUAGUCAAAUAUAAAUAUCUAAAAAAAAUUUAAAGUAUACUCAAAAUACCAAAAAUAUUAAAAAUAAUUAUUGAUUAUCGAUCCAAAUAUUUAAAACAAACCAAUUUAAAUGUUAAGUUUAGGUAUUCUAAAAAUAAUGUGAUGAUCAAUAGAAUUCACACAAAUAUUUUUGAAUUAAAAGAAUACAACAAAUAAAUUUCAAUAUAUUAAUUUCUCAAAAAUAAAAAAGAAGUGGAAUUUAUUUGGCAUAUAAGAAGUUUAGAGACAUAUCUAUCUAUCUUUUUUUUUUGACAACAAAUAUUCACACACUCAUGUUGACUCUGUGAACCAAAGUGGUAACUCUGCAUCCAUAUGUACGACGAAAGACGGUUGAUUCCGAGCACUGUGUGCUAAACUAUCCGCCUUAAGGUUCGCCGUCCUAGGAACAUGAAUGAUUUCUGAGUUGAGGAAACUUUUUCUGGGAAGCUUUAUGCCUUCCAGGUAGCUUUCAAAUGCUGGUCAUUCUUCUGGUUCCGAAACUAUUUUCACCAAUUGAGAACAAUAUGUUGCAAACGUAACCUGAAACUGUCUUAAAUUCUUCCAUUGACAUAUCUAUCUAUCUUAUUAAAGCGAAAACACAUUUAAUUUUGGAAAUAUAGAUUUAUUAAGACACAUAAACAUAAUAAUUGGUGUUUUAGUUUAUUAAUAAUUACAUCAAAAAUUGUUUUAGUUAAAAAAAUUAAUUGACAAAUAUGUUAUAUAACAUAUUAUUUUGAUAAGUUUUGUAUCCAACUGCAAUGUGAGAAAUCAACAAAUUAUACAUAAUUAGAAAUCGUAAAUCUACACAAAUAUUGUAUAUUACAAAUUGAACAAACACCCAUAUGAAUGGAUCUUAAUGCAACCAUUAUAUUUUUAUAUUGUUAAGACUUUAUAUAUUUAUUCUUUUAAACAAACACUCGUGCGGGUGCACAGAUCAAGAUCUAAUAUUUUUAUUAAUUUAUAGGACUAUUAAAAUCAAUUAAUUAAAUUAAUUUCAUAUACAAAUUAAUAAAAUCAUAAUUUAGAAGAAAAAAAACUAUUUCAUGUGUAUAUAAAAGAUUGAUGUAUUAAUAAAAAAUAAAUACACAAUUUUAUUUAUUGAUUUUCAGUUUAGUUUUUAAGUUUUGUUUGCUUCCUGUACCACUUACAUUUUUACAUUUUAAUUUAUGUUUUAGUUUUAAAAGAAAAUAUAUUAAUUCAAAUUUAAAAUGUCAUUUUUUACAUACAAAAAAACAACACCUAAAGCAUCCGUUUUUUUUGUGUGUACAAGAGAGUAUUAAUUUAGUAACACAGAACAUUUUCUGAAACUUUAAUUUUGUUAAAAUAACAAAAAGUACAUAGUUAAAUGUUUUAGUGAAAAUUAUAAGCUGGAUAAAGAUCCAUACUUUUGGAUUAUAUGGUACAUUUGCAAAGUGAUAAACAAUAAGUUAUUCAAAGAACUAGAUAGGGACCCAUUGAAAAAUGUGCUGAAGUCGAAUUUCAUGUCUGGUUUGAAGCUACUCGUAAACAAGAAGAACCAGCGGAAAUACAAUAUCCUAAACAAAUAACAAUCUCUUAGCGAUAUAUGAUAGAUGGAUCAUGGUCUGCUUUUCAACUGAGUUGAAAGAACUGAUCAAGCUGAAAAAUAAAUUUGCAGAGUUCUCGAUUGUUUUUAUUUCUCGUACUGAAAAAAUAAUGUCUCAUUCAUUA